GAUACUAAUUUGUAUUAAUAUGAUUAAACAGUGAUUAAUUUGAACCAUUGCACAACAUUUUAUAAUUGUUUCGAAUCGUUCAUCAGAAGGAAGUUCUGGGUUGUCAGUUAUCAGUUCUUAUUUUAGUAUUUAAACACACACACACAUAGCUACAUGUACUUAUUAGAUAAGUCAACCAACCCCACUUACACGCUUUUCAUUGAUGAUGAGAGUUGCAAGCAUUCAGAGGUUGUCUCUUUUUGUACCCCUGUCGCCCACCAGCCUCGGUCGUCUCAGCCGGAGCGCGGAGCGCGGAGCAGAGCGGCGGAAGGAGGGAGGGGUUUGAGCCGCGCCGGGAAACUAGAGGCUUGAUGCAGCCUCCGCCGAACGAAGUCAGGCUGUCUCUAGACCGCAAUGGCUAUGGGUCUAACGUCGAAAAAAUCGUCUUCUAGAAACAGCGGCGUGGAACGCAAGAAUCUCAUCACCGUCUGCAGGUUUUCUGUGAAGACGUUGUUGGAAAAGUACACUGCUGAGCCUAUUGAUGACUCAUCAGAGGAGUUCAUCAACUUUGCGGCAAUUUUGGAGCACAUCCUCAGUCAUCGUUUCAAAGGUCCAGGUGGUUGGUUCAGUUCAGAUGGCCAGAGGAGUUUCUGGGACUAUAUCCGUCUGGCCUGCAGUAAAGUCCACAACAACUGCAUCAGUAGCAUUGAGAGCAUUGAGAACAUUAGCACGUCACGAGCAAAGGGACGAGCCUGGAUUCGUGUAGCUUUGAUGGAGAAGCGUUUGUCUGAAUAUGUAGCCACUGCGUUAAGAGACACUCGAACUACAAGGAGAUUUUAUGAUGAUGGUGCCAUAAUGCUAAGGGAGGAGGCUACCGUUCUGACGGGGAUGCUAAUUGGACUCAGUGCUAUUGACUUCAGUUUCUGUCUAAAAGGAGAAGUUUUGGAUGGAAAGACACCUGCAGUGAUCGACUACACACCUUACCUGAAGUUCACCCAGAGCUAUGACUACCUGAGUGAUGAAGAAGACCGCCGCAGUGUGGACAGCAGUGCCAGUGAUGAGAGUGUUGCCGAGCAUCCUUACAUUCCUUUGGUCACAGAUGAAGAGACCUGGAGCAACAAAUGCAGAAAGAUGGAGCAAAGAUUCAAGAUUGUCUAUGCCCAAAAGGGUUAUUUAGAGGAAUUGGUCCGCUUGAGGGAAUCCCAGCUGAAAAAUUUAGAAACUGAGAACAAGAGGCUAGUUGCUAAACUAGAGGAACUACAGGUCCAGAGUCGACAAGAGAAGAAAGAACUGGAGGCCAUUAUAUUGGAGCUACAAGCACAACUCACUGGCAUAAUUCCUCGUCAGUCCUCUCGUUUGGGAUUCAAAGGACUGUCUAUUCCACUCAUUAACCAAUGCACAACUGCACAACCCGCCAACAACAAAGGAAAUGUAAAGCUGUUCCGUCGGAGGAGUUUUCACAGUUUGGAUCUCUCAGCUGAUGUGAGUUUGAACUCUGACUCUCAGAAGGAAGACGGCAUUCAGAAUGGAGACGCAACCUGGUCAGCAGCUAAAGACAACACUCCCUCUAUGCUCGGUCUAUGUGGUUCUUUGGCUUCUCUACCCAGCUGUAAGUCACUGGCAAGUCUCAAAUCCACUGAGUAUUUGGUCAACAUCAGCACAGAGCCUAGUCCUGCCCUGUCUCCUAGCUAGGGGGCGCCAAAUUCCAACUAACAAGACGCUCUCAGUCCCAGUACUUUCCUCCAAGAAACAUCACAACUGUCCUACCAACAUCCUUCAAAGAUCCCAGUGAGCUGAAACAAUGUAAUAUAUAUACACAAGGUGUGGAAUGGCAACCCCUCCAGCACUCGCUUAUUUUCUUAUCUUUACUUGCCAAUUUAUUAUUCACUCUUGUCUUCCACCCUUCAGUACAGUCUUCUUCAGCAUGUUUGAGUGUCUGUAACAUUCCCUGAGCCUGAUAUUACAGCCCAAAGGCACAGCAGCUUAUCUCUGUUCGUUUUGAACUCAUUAGUCCUUGAAUUCCCUGCACAAACAGAUCAAAGUGAAACACAAAACUCAAGACUUGGCAGUUAUUUAUUCUACAUAAAUUCAUCUUAAUGAAUAUGAACAUACAGAGUGGCACAUCUGUUCAUGUUACCCACAGUUGAAUCUCUGAUUUAGACAUAUUACCUUUCUUAUGCUUAUUAAUAAAAGAUAUGAGGGAACAAAAGAGAGACCAAGGAAAGAACUGUUGCCUGUAUCUGCAUGUCAAAUGCGCUUUAUUGAGGCUUUAAAUGCCUCGGCUUACUUUAUGUUCUUGCUCCUUUGACGGUUAUAUUAAGUGACUGGAAGUAACUGCAAGUGUUGUCAGCUAAAUUCAAAUCUUUUGUCAUGUUUAUCUUACUGGUGUUGCUUCAUUUCUUGUAUUUCUUCAGUUUCGGUAUGUAUACAUAAUUGUCUAUUUUGUUAUGCGGUGGCAGUGCUCUGCGGUUUUGAAUUGAAAUAAACGAUU